ACUCUACGUUUGAGAAUAGAAAGAAAAGUAACAACUGUCAUUCACGGGUAAAUAUGAAAUUAGGUGUCUCAAUCUCAAUCGAGUCUCAAUCUUAUUUAUAAUAUUUUUUUUACUAAAUGUGAAUACAUCGAACAAACAUAACUGCCAUCGGACACAUCCUUUGCAACGAACGACUACUUCCUGCUCGAGAUGCGUUUAUUCUACGUUUAUCCAAAUUGCAGUGAAGCAUAAUUUACAAUGGAUUCUGGAACAGAUUGGCUCUGUGAGAUUCUACAGAAUGUUCAACUUGAACAAUUUUAUUUACCCAUCAGAGAUCAGUUGCAGAUUACAAGACUAGCGCAUUUUGACUAUGUGCAUGCUGAGGACCUUGAGAAGCUUGGCAUCAGUAAGCCUGGAGUGCGCAGGUUAUUUGAUGCUGUUAGGAAAAAGAAGUUACAGUUAUGGAACAGAAAGUUUUGGAAUAAAUUAUUUGGUUCAUCAUCAAGCUCAGUUUCUAAGGAGAAAACUGAUUUAGCAGUGAGAACACCACAGGCAGACUCAAGAACAACUUGUAUUAUACUUGAGAAGGAUAUUAUAUUGCACAGUGAGAUUGGAAAUGGGUCUUUUGGUGUUGUGAAGCGAGGAGAAUGGAGGGUGUCUGAACACCCAUCACAAACAGUUCCUGUAGCAGUUAAGGUGUUAAAGGCAGAUGCAUUCUCACAACCAGGCAUAUAUGAUGACUUCAGGAGGGAAGUAGAGGCCAUGCACAGUUUGAAACAUCCGAACCUGAUUAAACUUCAUGGCGUAGUGUUCCAUCCGUUGAUGAUGGUGUGUGAGCUGGCAGCUAUGGGCUCUCUACUAGAUUAUAUUGUUGCCCAGAAUGGCAAAGUGUCUCUGAACUAUAUUUACAAAUGGUCAGAACAAGUUGCAUCAGGAAUGGCACAUUUGGAGAAGCACAGGUUCUUGCACAGAGACCUAGCUUGCAGAAAUAUUUUGUUAUCCAGUGUUGAUUUGGUAAAAAUAGGUGACUUUGGUCUAAUGCGCGCGUUACCGGACGCGGACGAUUGCUACGUGAUGAGCGAGGGUCGUCGCGUGCCGUUCCCGUGGUGCGCGCCGGAGUCGCUGCGCAGUCGACAGUUCUCGCACGCCUCCGACGUCUGGAUGUUCGCAGUCGCGCUCUGGGAAAUGUACACCUUCGGAGAGGAACCUUGGAUAGGUUUGAACGGUUCGGAGAUACUGCGGCUAAUAAUGCGUGAAGGUCAAAGGUUGUCGGCGCCGAAUGCCUGUCCGCCUGACGUGUACAUGCUGAUGAUGCAGUGCUGGGACCUCAACCCCAAGGAGCGACCGACCUUCGCCGGCAUACAGCGGUACAUAGAGACCAACAAGUUCGAAACUGCUAUUGCUGCGCUCAGUUACCGGCGACCGGGCAAGAUGACCAUCGACGCUGGGGACGCGAUCAUACUGAUAGACAAACGACCCGAGCUCCACUGGUGGAAGGGACAGAACCAAAGGACUUUGGAAGUAGGACUCUUUCCCAGCACACUAGUAACAGUUGGAUUGAAAAGCGGUAAAAACAAUCAGGCAGUUAAGAAAUCGCAGACUUUGACACCUACACAAAGAGAAAUAUUUCCAGCCCAAGCGACAUCGAAUGCAUCAUCAUCGAACGGCGUGUCGGACGAUAUGGCGGUGAUAUUACGCAAGCGUCGAACGAUAGAGUCGACGCAGCCGUCGACGACGCGCGGCGGGAACACGGGCAACAAACAGUUCAACUACAACAAACUCACCAACGACCGCGUCGCCACGUUAGCGCAAGAACGAGCCGCACGACAAACUAGGGACGCACAUUCCAAGAGUCUCAAUCAAGUAAAAGAGGACAUAUUGAUCGACUUAGACCUCCCGCCCUCGACUCGGCUGAGCACGCCCGCUAAGAAGUCCAGUCCCACUAGUCCCAAUGCAAUCUCUAUUCUUGACGAGCCCAUAGAUGUACCAGAAAUAGGACUCGACAGCGACUGGGGCGAGCAAAGUAUAGAAAGCUUACCCAGUGUCUCUACUUCAUACAACAUACAAAACUACGCCAUCUAUGGUGCUAAGUCUUUGGACAACCUAUCGACUCCUCUACACCUAAGCACAUCACAAGCAACUCUACAACCAGAUCCAUUCGACACAUCACAGUUCUGGCCCUCCAAUGCAACUAGAUCUAACUACGAAAUUAAUGAAUCUAAAAUAAGUAGUAUAAGCAAACAGUUACAAGAAUCUCACAGAUACUCAAGUAACAACCACACGGCGUCUUCCAACGCGGAGGCAUCACAUAUCUACAACAACAUGCCGUCUACCAGUACCGGCGCCGCCAGUGCCAACAACACGUACAGUAACACUCCGUCGCCCUACGCCAUGAACAACGCUCUCUCAUUAGAACGUAACGUCACCGUGCCCAGUGUCGCAGCCUCACUCGCAGACAUGUCGUUAGACGACAGAAUCUCAGAAUCUCUCAAUCUUAGAUCUAAAAGCAACAACAGUGAUUAUCCGUACAGCGACAGCAUAUACAGCGCGCCAUCUACUUCAGCCGCGGCCAACAACGCCACUGAAGAUAAGAAAUACGGCGACAUUCCCAUCUACAAGAACUACGACAUCACACCAGUGCAGCAACAAUUUAUAUUGGAAACGAAAGACUACUACACCAAGCUAUCGACCCCAUCGAAGACUAACACGAGCAAUGAUUACGAAAAGAACAUUUACGUGCCGAAGUACGAAGAGGAUGGUGAGAAGUUGAAGAACUUUAGCGACUGUGUGGAGAAUUCUAAGAAUUACUCGGCGUACAAGUACCAAAAUGUGGACUAUCAGUAUUCGAACUAUGACAGCUUCCGAGGCAGUCUGGCGUCGACGUCGCGCGGCGCCGCCGUGUACGACGAGGUCAAUGACACCGCCAGCAACUUCUACAGCGAGAUCGGCGAGCCCGGCGCCGCCAGCGUGUACGCGGCGCAGCCUGUGUACUCCAACUCCAACCUGUACGACGAGGUGUACGAGGAGUCAGUGCCGCGGCCGCACCGCCCCGCGCCGCCCUGCCCGACUAAACCUAAAUAAUCACACAUAUAUCUCAUUAUUGCCCCAUAAAUCAGUCUACUAAAAUGUUGCAAAGUAUACUAAUUUUAAGUUACCAAACAAUGAGAUAUUAUCUGUGUGCCUUUUAAUUCUCGAAACAGUAAGAUGACUGAUUGAAAGGUUGACAUUUCAUAAGACGUUUGUAGUCAGUCGAGCAUUCAUUGCAAAGCACAUCGUUUGUUAGACGUGGUCUAAAUAGAGACAUAGGUAAAGCUAUUGUAAAUAAUACCGUGAUCUUCUGAAAUGUCAAUUUACAUAAGACUGACAGCAUUUUAAAGUCGCCGGAAAGAGAAUCGUAUGACGAUCUGUCCCUCGUAACAUUAUAUCAUUUUAUUCUAGUAUAUAGCUUGUAUGUUACUUUGUUGAUCCUAAAACUAUUCCAUUAUGUUAACACAUUGUGUUCUAAUUGGCCUCUAAAACUAUCGACCCCAGUAUGCAGCAUUACUAAAUACUUUAUCUAUAACUAUAUAACUGAUAUUAAUAUAACUAUACUAUACUCUGUUCAUAUAACUCGAAUGUAGCAAACUGUAAAUAAGAAUUGUCUAUGUAAUCUCAAAGUGUAUAUUACGGAGUGUUAUUUUUGUAAUGGAGACUAUAUUUUAGAUAAUAUUGUAUGAGGAAACAGGCAUGAUGAUAAAACAGAAAGUUAUAUUAAUAUAAAUUGUAAAUACAUAGUCAAUUGGCAUCUAUUUGUACGUAGACUAUUUGUUCGUUGUGAAAAUGACGAUCAUUUCCCAUGUUGGCAUCUCAAAAGGCAGCUAUAUUGACCAGUGAAAUAAUAUUUAAUUAAUAGUGGUACAAUUAUUUGGCAUUCCAUAGUCUCUGCCUACCCCAAUGGAAGACAGG